AUGUCAGCACCGAACAACCCCGAAGUCCGCCACAUGAGAUCCGGAAGCCUCGUCAUCCCAUCUACGCAAGGAGGACGGGGGAAUGGCGCCAUGAGCAACAACAGCAACAACAUGCCAGGAAAUCAGCGAUUUGAUGGGCCGAGAAGCCCUCCGAACACUGCACACGUUCCGUGCAAGUUCUUCAAGCAAGGCGCAUGCCAGGCCGGAAACGCAUGCCCGUUUAGCCAUGACCUCAGCAACGCGACAGAGAACGUCUGUAAAUACUUUGCAAAGGGCAAUUGCAAAUUUGGACCGAAAUGCGCCAACAUCCACGUCCUACCUGACGGCCGACGCAUCAACUAUGGAAAGAACGGUGUCACGAUAGCUGCCGCUCCGAUAAACCUCGGAAGCCGAGUCAACCCACCUACAUACCCGCACACCUCCAACAGCGCUCUGACGAAUUCGUUCAUGCGAAACCCCGAUGCAUAUGGCGGACCGAACCCCUACCUGGCGCCAGAAGAUCAGUAUGGUGGGCAUCAACUGGGUCGCCAACCAAGCAUGGAAAACGGUGUGCCCACGAUCGAUACUACCUACUCUUCAAACCCCGCCUCAAUGUAUGGCUCGCCCAGAGACGAUGAUCUCAACAGGUUCGGCAUGGGCCUGUCUCCUGUCGCAUACAAAGGCCUCUCAGUUCUCGACGCCCCUUUGCCGGCCUCGUUCGACUCAAACGGCAUCUCGCAUGCGGCUCGCUAUGGACCGUGGCCUUCAUCAAUGCCUUCCAAGUUUGGCCUCGAAUCUGCAUCAGCUUCCCUGAGCACCCCUAAAGAUCCCCGUACAUCUGAGACGCUCAAGCUUUUACACACGUCGGCUUUUGGAAGCAGUGAUCACCUGUCCCCUGCAUCCCACGAGUCUGCUGUCGCUAUAGGCAACAGUCCGCCUGUGAAUGGCGACGAGGAAUAUUUUGGCAAGCGCAUGAUGCACUCCUCAUCGCGCUUCGCCAAGCCCAAGAUGCUGAGUGCAAGUGCACCAAAGGGCGAUCGAGACGACUGGGACCCGGGUUUCAUGUUCUUCGAGGAGGACUACAUCCCCAGCACUCUGGCCAACGACGUUUUGACUCCUCAGGAGAAGGCUCGACGUGGCUCCGUCCGCCUCACGGACGAUCCUGCCACAUCUUCUGGCGUCAUAGGCAAUGGGAGUGAUGCGUCGUCGUUGCCCAAAUUCGGAAGCCUGGGAGCCAGUCCAAGCAGAUGGGGCCCCUUGUUCCAGAGAUACCGCUCCGAGGAGGAGAGCGAUCCCAACCACCAUGGCCACCGUAUGAUCCCCGGAAAAUCCAUGAAGAACGUCGCCUCCGUCUUUGGCCACGUUGGCAGUCCUCUCCGGAAUUCUAGCUUGGCCAUCGACGCAGAGAUGGAUAGCCUGGCCAACGGCAACGGGUCCCCAAGCCAUCGAUCACGGAGCGAGUCGCUCACCGCACUCACCCAGCAGUUACAAAGCACAAAGAUUGGCGACAUCAACAACAGUUCAAGUCCGCGUCUGCACCCAAACUCAGCUAGGGGCAUCAACGGCACUGGCCUGGGCUCCUCCAGCUUGUUGGGCGGCAGGGACAGAGACUUUGACCCGCGUGGUUCAACGCAGCGGAAUGUCAGCAGUGGCUCGAUCAGUUCAUCAGGCAGGUUUACCACGCCAAUUGAUGAGGAGGACUCUGCCUUUGUGUUCAGUAUGGAGGAAGAAGACGACGCAGCUGCGGCUCAAAACCACAUGCGCACGAAAAAGCGCGCAUCGGGUGGACUUGGGGCUACUGGCUGGAGCUAUGCCGGCGUCGCUGCCGGUAACGCUAAAAACGGGUUAUCUAACGGCAGCAAGGGACGAGAUGGCCUUGGGGUCAGUGGUCGAUGA